AUGUCUCAACACAACGCCGAAAACAAAACAACAACAAGGGCAGGGACAGGGACACCCGCCUACCAAUCCCACCGCCCCGCUUCUUCCCUCCUCAUCGCCUCCAAACGACCCCUCACGAAACCCAGCCCGAUGCCCCGAACAAUGAAUCCUAACGUCCAUCCCGCCAGCGUCACCAUCAAACCUUUAUUGUCUUCGAUAGCUACACCUACACAAACUACAGACCGAUCAAAAGCGCUUACCGUCGAGAUGGAUCUGUCGCAGCCGCCGCAGCCGUUCCUUGAUCCCGACGUGUGGGAGCGGAUAAAGGCCGCGGGGAGGGAUGCAUCAAGGGAUCCAAGUAUUGAGCGGGAGGAAGGGGAGGAAGAGAGGAGGCGCCGGAGGGAGCGAGAGGCGGAGUUUGGGCAAAUGGCGGUGCGAGGGAGAUUGGGGGGAAUAGGGAGGCAGAGGAGAUGA